UGUGGCACGACAAGGCCACCGUACGGUGCCAAGGGUACGGUGUUCUGGCUAGUGGAGCCCCAAUGCUUUACGAUAGGUGUAUUGGGUGACCCCAUACCUGCCCGGAGACGGCGAACGGACGCCAGGAAUUGGUCGGCGUCACCCGACUCCAAGCGGUUUUAGAGGAAAGGCGUUGCGGCGGCGCCUCUCUCACGUGAUUGGGCUCAGGCGGCGGAGAGCACGUCACACUACGCCCUGCGCACAGGGGUCGGUCUAGGUCUGCGCCUGCGCAGGCUCGCUGGCUGCCGGUCUACCGGCCAGCGGCUACCGGGCGUGGAGCCGGGCGCCCACGGCGAUGGCGUAGAGAACUGGACUCCUGGAGAGCGGAAACCCGGUUAUCAAAAUUGACUUCAGAAGAGAGAACCUAACAGACCAUUAACAAUGGAAGAAAUUGAAAAAGUUGUCAAAAACACCAGGUCCAGAUGGUGUUGUUGCAGGUUUAAAAAAAAUUCUUCAUGAAGGAGAAAGAUCUUAAGCCACAUGAUGGAUUCAGAAGCUCAUGAAAAGAGGUCGCCAAUCAUAACAUCUUCCAAACAAGAUCUAUCACCUCAUAUUGCAAAUGUCGGUGAAAUGAAGCAUUACUUGUGUGGCUACUGUGCAGCUUUCAACAACGUAGCAAUCACGUUUCCCAUUCAGAAGGUCCUUUUCCGGCAACAGCUGUAUGGAAUCAAAACCAGGGAUGCAGUGCUUCAGCUGAGGAGGGAUGGAUUUCGAAACUUGUAUCGAGGAAUCCUUCCCCCAUUAAUGCAGAAGACAACUACACUGGCGCUUAUGUUUGGCCUAUAUGAAGAUUUAUCUUGCCUUCUCCGUAAGCAUCUCAGUACCCCAGAGUUUGCAACCCGUAGCAUGGCAGCAUUACUUGCAGGGACAACAGAAGCAAUUUUCACUCCUUUGGAAAGAGUUCAAACGUUGCUACAAGACCACAAGCAUCAUGACAAAUUUACAAACACUUUUCAGGCUUUCAGGGCGCUGAAAUGCCAUGGAAUUGGAGAGUAUUAUCGAGGCUUGAUACCCAUUCUUUUCCGAAACGGAUUCAGCAAUGUCCUUUUUUUUGGCCUUCGGGGUCCCAUUAAGGAGCACCUGCCUACCGCUACGACUCACAGUGCUCACUUGGUCAAUGACUUUAUCUGCGGGGGUUUGUUGGGUGCCAUGUUGGGAAUCUUGUUUUUUCCAGUCAAUGUUGUAAAAACUCGCAUGCAGUCUCAGAUUGGUGGGGAAUUUCAGUCUUUCCCCAAGGUUUUCCAAAAAAUCUGGUUAGAACGGGACAGGAAACUGGCAAAUCUUUUCAGAGGUGCCCAUUUGAAUUACCAUCGGUCCCUCAUCUCUUGGGGCAUAAUCAAUGCAACUUAUGAGUUCUUGUUAAAGAUUACAUGAAAGAAACCUUGAUUUAAUUGCCAUCAACUGACCAGACCUUCUAAGGAGAAUGCAGUUUGGCCUCAUUCUUAAUUGGCCAAAUAAAAGUUGG